AUGUUCGCCGCCAGCCGGUUCUCCGACGGCGGCGACCUCGUGAAGAAGAUGACUGCGCAUGGAAGGGCCGGCGAGGUUAACGAGGCGGUGGCUCUCUUCCGGCGAACGCAUGUAAAGGACCAGGUCUCCUGGAACGCUAUGCUCUCCAUCUUCGCUAGCUCCGGCCACCUCGCCGCCGCCCGCAACCUGUUUGCCGAAAUGCCGCACAGAAACGCCGCCUCCUACGCCACCAUGAUCGCCGCCUUGUCCCGCUCUAGCGGCGCCGCCGAAGCUCGCCGGGUCUUCGACUCCAUGCCCAUAAACUGCCACAACGUGUUCUCCUGGACCGCUAUGAUCACCUGCUACACGCACAACCGGGAGCCCCGCAGGGCCCUGGAGCUCUUCUCCGCCACCUUCGGCGAGUUCUUCGAGAUCGAGGUGCUUCCCAACUCGUACACCUUCAGCGCCCUCCUCAAGGCCGCCGCCGCCGCCAGCUCUCUCGCCGCCGCCAAGCACGUCCACGCCGUCGUCGUCAAGCUCCUGGACGAAGGCCGCUGCUCCGUCUACGUUCAGAAUGCCCUAAUCCAUGUCCACGCCAGGUUGGGAAACCUGCCGGACGCAGAGCUGGUCUUCCGGAGAACGAGGUCCAAGGAUCUGGGAACCUGCAACGCCAUGAUGGACGCCUACGCCCGCCGCCUUCUGGUCCACGAGGCGGUCGCCAUCUUCAACUCGAUGAAGCAGAGGGACGUGCUCUCCUGGAACAUUGUAAUGGGGGGGUUGGGGGAGGCCGGGAGAGGAGAAGAAACCCUAGGGAUGUUCGUCCAGCUUCUGAACCAGAGCCCGGGGCCGCCGCCGCUCAAUGCGUCCUCCUACGCCAUCGUCCUCGCCGCCUGUGGGACUCUGAGCCGAUCUGAGCUCGGAAGGCAGGUCCACGGCCUCGCCGUGAAGCAGGGGUUCUACCCAGCGAACACCUUUGUCUGCAACUCUCUGAUCAGCAUGUACGCGAGCUGCGGCUCGGAGGAGAGUUCGGUUAGGGUUUUUGACGAGGUGCCCACCAGAGAUGUGGUCUCCUUCAACUCUCUGAUACUAGGGUUAGGGCAAAAUGGACGCAGUGAGGAGGCUCUGGAGGUGGCGGAGAGGGCGCUGAGCUGCUGCAACCUCUACAACCCGGCCACCUUCGUCGCCAUUCUGACGAGCUGCAGCCAUGGUGGGCUGGUCAGACAGGGGCUGGAAUACUUUGCCGCCAUGGGGAGAAGGUAUGGUAUUGACCCUAGCGUUGACCAUUACAUCUGCGUGGUUGACUUGCUGGGGAGAGCAGGAAGAGUGGAGGAGGCCUACGAGCUCCUGCGGAACUCGUCCUUGCGAGCGGAUUCUGUAGCGUGGACCGCCCUCCUCAGCGCGUGCCUGGUUCACGGGAACUCCGCCGUCGCCGAGUCGGCGGCGGAGAGGAUCAGCUCGAUGGAGCUCACCGCCGGCGGCGGCGGCGGCGCCGCCGGAGGAUACGCCAUGCUGGCCGUUGCCCACGCCCGAGCAGGAAGAAUGGAGGAAGCAGAGAAAGUUCUGGAUCUGCUCAGGCAGAAGGGUCUCCGGCGAGGAACUGGCUGCAGCUGGAUCGCGCCGCCAUGA